CGGGGUGGUCCACGGACAAGAAAGGCUGGUGCUGUUCCAAUAAGCACAUGGGCUGCGUCGAGACGACGCCGCCGCCGGCCCCGCCUUCCGAACCGUAUGACUGCAACGCUGGGUAUUCGAAUUGGGAGGCCGGCUGGUCGCCGGACAAGAAGGAGUGGUGUUGCUCAGAGAAGAAGAUGGGUUGCGUCGAGGCCGCAUCUAAGCCUUAUGACUGUGACGCAGGUUAUUCCAACUGGGAGGCUGGCUGGAGCGAGGAUAAGAAAAGCUGGUGCUGCACCAACGAGCAGAAAGGCCCGACCGAGGGUCUGGACAUGACCCGGGUCGGCGACGGGCGGCCGCCCGGCGAAGGGAUGAUUCACGCCGGCAGCGGCUUCGGUAGCGGCGGCGUGGGCAUGGGUUACGGCGGCGCGUACGGCGGCGACAGUUGCUGCGGCGGUGGCGCGGGUUACGGUGGUGCGUACGGCGGCGACGCGGGAUGCUGCGGCGGCUCGGCGGGCUACGGGUACGGCGGCGCCUCUGGCUUCGGUCUCGCGGGCGGCAUGCCGCCACAAACUCAGACCUACAUGGGGCCUGGUGGAGAUUACGUGCAGGAGACGACGUACAAGUACAUUGGCAUGGGGGCGGGCGGCCCGCAAGCAGUCUCGGAGACGGUCAUCUCGACUCCUGUGGCCCCGCCUCCGCCAGCCACGACGUCUGAGCCGUACGAUUGCGCGGCCGGGUAUUCGAAUUGGGAAGCGGGGUGGUCCACGGACAAGAAAGGCUGGUGCUGUUCCAAUAAGCACAUGGGCUGCGUCGAGACGACGCCGCCGCCGGCCCCGCCUUCCGAACCGUAUGACUGCAACGCUGGGUAUUCGAAUUGGGAGGCCGGCUGGUCGCCGGACAAGAAGGAGUGGUGUUGCUCAGAGAAGAAGAUGGGUUGCGUCGAGGCCGCAUCUAAGCCUUAUGACUGUGACGCAGGUUAUUCCAACUGGGAGGCUGGCUGGAGCGAGGAUAAGAAAAGCUGGUGCUGCACCAACGAGCAGAAAGACCGAGGGGAGCUCUUCCUGAACGAGGUGGGCGCGCCCCAUCCAGUCCCCUCGCGGCGACAGCGCGGGCGUGGCAUGAACCCAGGCCCGUCCGAGGGUCUGGCCAUGACCGCGGUCGGUAGGUCCCCGAGACGUGGCGGAGACGAGGCGGCGACGGGCGGCCACCCGGCGAAAGCCCCGAAGCGGCAGCCAGCGGGCGCCAGCGCGCGAAGCGCGAGGCGUCGGCGAGGGAUGAUUCACGCCGGCAGCGGCUUCGGUAGCGGCGGCGUGGGCAUGGGUUACGGCGGCGCGUACGGCGGCGACAGUUGCUGCGGCGGUGGCGCGGGUUACGGUGGUGCGUACGGCGGCGACGCGGGAUGCUGCGGCGGCUCGGCGGGCUACGGGUACGGCGGCGCCUCUGGCUUCGGUCUCGCGGGCGGCAUGCCGCCACAAACUCAGACCUACAUGGGGCCUGGUGGAGAUUACGUGCAGGAGACGACGUACAAGUACAUUGGCAUGGGGGCGGGCGGCCCGCAAGCAGUCUCGGAGACGGUCAUCUCGACUCCUGUGGCCCCGCCUCCGCCAGCCACGACGUCUGAGCCGUACGAUUGCGCGGCCGGGUAUUCGAAUUGGGAAGCGGGGUGGUCUACGGACAAGAAAGGCUGGUGCUGUUCCAAUAAGCACAUGGGCUGCGUCGAGACGACGCCGCCGCCGGCCCCGCCUUCCGAACCGUAUGACUGCAACGCUGGGUAUUCGAAUUGGGAGGCCGGCUGGUCGCCGGACAAGAAGGAGUGGUGUUGCUCAGAGAAGAAGAUGGGUUGCGUCGAGGCCGCAUCUAAGCCUUAUGACUGUGACGCAGGUUAUUCCAACUGGGAGGCUGGCUGGAGCGAGGAUAAGAAAAGCUGGUGUUGCACCAACGAGCAGAAAG